GCAGGUAGGCGGCUGGGGGGGGGGAGGUGAAGGCUGUCUGUGAUGACUGUUUAAGUGAGGGAAUUCGUUGAGAAUGUUCUUGACCUGCAAGGGUAUCAUAAGAGGCAUUAAGACUACAUGACAUGUAAAAGACACCAUCCCAGCACUUUCCCUUAAGGAAAUGCGCGCUUAAAAACGCAAUGCAACGUUUUCAUUGCAUGCUCUUUUGACCUGUGGUCGUGCACCAAUGCAUUCAACGCAGGGGACUCGAAAUGUCUCCCUCAAAUCUUCCCUCAAUUACUCUCACGUAGUUUAAUCACAGAACGGCAAGCUCCGCAGCAAGUGUCAGCGAUGCAUUGCGCUGCCUGGUAAUGGGGGUUUACGAGGGAGGGUGUGAGGAAAGGAUGUGGGAGCUUCGGCCGCCAAUCCACCCCGAUCUCCUCGCUCAGGCUUUGAGGAGUCACGAAACCGCACCGCUCGUCUCGUUCUCCGUGCAGCCAAGAGCGACAGGGGUCGACGUGCGUGGGCCAGAGGACCAACGCUCGAGGCCCGACGGGCAUGCGCUGGACGGAGGUGAAAGCGAGGAGGAGGAGGAGGAGGAGGAGGAGGACAAUGAUGAUGAUGAUGAAGAGGAGGCGCUCCGAGGGCACGGGAGCGUGAGCCCCGAGGACGACUACGGCACAGACUUGGAGCUCGGAGAUGAGGAGGAGGAGGCGGCGGCGGGGCGGGCGGCCUACGUGGAGGCGUGCGGCGCGCUACAGGUGGCGCCUGCCUCUUACUUCCUGCGGCACAUGCAGAGCCGCGAGCUGUCCAUGAUGCAUCGCGGCCUGGGGCCUCAGGGCACCAGAGCCCUGGCUGUUCCCCUGGUAACCAACACUUCAAUCCUCAGGCUCAACCUGCGAGACAAUUGGAUGGAGGGAACAGGCGGAGCCGCGAUAGCCGAGAUGUUGAAGGAAAAUUGUCACAUUACAGAGGUGGACCUGUCCGACAACCGGCUCGGGGACGACGGGGCCGGCGCCCUGGCUGGAAUGCUCGCGGGGAACAGGACGCUGAUCGGCCUCCGCCUGUCGGGGAACCACCUGACGGACCGGUCGGCCGAGCGCCUCGGCCCGGCGCUGGUGGCCAACCGCACGUUGCGGCACCUGGACCUCAGCCACAACGCUCUGGGGGAGCGCGCAGGAAAGCAGCUGAGAGACUCUCUGCCAGAGAACACGGGCCUGAGGUCCCUGAAUCUGUCCUGGAACUGCCUUCGAGGGCGAGGAGCGGCGAUGCUGGCCGCCGGCCUCGGGGGAAACGUUUUCCUCAGAGCAGUGGAUCUGACAUUCAAUGGCUUUGGCAAAGAAGGAGCCGUUGCGUUGGGACAGGCUUUGAAGGACAAUGACGUCUUGGAGGAGUUGAACGUGAGUAGCAACCGAAUACCCCCCGAAGGAGCUAUCCAUCUAGCCAUGGGCCUCAAAGUAAACAAGACGAUCAAAUCCCUGAAUGUGGGGAGGAACCCCAUCCAGAACGCCGGCUGCUACGGGAUCCUCCAGGCGCUGCAGGAAAACCCCGAUUCGGCCGUGGAGACGUUAGACUUCUCGGACGUCGCGGUGAACCAGGACUUUGAAGAUUUGUACACGGCGGUGAAAGAGAUGUUCCCCGCGCUUGCAGUAAAUCACGGCGCAUUCAGGAAAGGAAAAGCCUGCAAAGUGUAAUUGCUGCGUGCUUUUGUGUCAGAAAAGAUGGGGAGAUGAAGCAAAGCAUUCAGGCAUUUGCCAGGAUAUCGUUUUUAAAAGAUGUCUUUUUUGAAAAAGUGAUUUGAGCAUAUUCCUCUGAUAAUAUAAUGCAAGUUAUUGAAUUCAUACUUUCUUAAUUUUCCCAAGCAUACAGACCUGCAUGUGUAUACAUUCUUUAAAUAUAGCGUUGUUUAAAGUCAUUGAACAAAGCGAAACAAUGCAGGUAUUGAGCAUGAUCCUUUUUAGGUAUGAUCCGAUUUGAUGUUGCAUAACGUCGGUGGGUAGAAUGACGGAGAGGAUCGGAGAGCAGCGCAUUGUGUACGGAAAGAUGUGAAAGUGGGUUGCACAAAGAGGAUUUAAGUACUGCAUGACUAGUCUAAUAGAGAAGCUGGCUUUGAAAGGACGACCCAGUGUUAGAUAAGAGACCUUGUUUAGCGGGACAACUCAAACACGCUUAGGUACAGCAAGCUGUCAUUUGGAGACGUGCAUCCCUCCCACGUGUGUGCGUGCACCCGACCAUGAUCUGCACGGCCGAGGCCUUUUCACCGCAUCACAACUUGUUACAAUGUUAUGACUCCUAAGGAUCUUCAUCUAUGACCAAAGUUCAGCCCUGAAAGGUGUUCUCUCUCAUGAUGCAUGAUUUGACGUUUAAUGCCAUUCACAGGGAUGCGGAUGACUAAACAUAAAGCUGAAGGCAGGUCAUUUGCUAAAUGAUUAGUGCUGUUUGGCUACAAUAUGCUUUAUACAAUUAUAAUCACAUGACAUCCAACGCCUUCUUGCAAUAAAGUUAAAUAAAACAGAGGUGUAAUGGAGCCGUUUCUUUGUCAAUUAUUCCAAAACGUCCUUCAGUAGCGUAUUUUCUUUUUUUUGU